AUGGCACGGCACACAUAUUGUUGGUAAAAAUCUGGUUUCUAUGCACAGUCAACACAAGCUUUUAGGCACUUACCAUGGAUAAGUCGAGCAAAGAAAGAUAUAGUCAGGAAAUUACAGAAAUAAAUAAUAUUGAUCCUUACACUUUGAAAGCAAGCCAUCAUAAUAAAGAAAAUGAUUUGCUGCCCUCCUUGUGUUAUCCAGAUCUCUUCACUUAUAAUCUUGUUCUACUGAAAGUGCCUACACAAUCACAAAGGAUGAAUUCAAGGCUUACAAGAGUUUAGCAGCUUACAACCAGUUCCUAGAUGGUUGGGUUCAAGAUAUUAUGGCUUUUAAACCACUAGCAAAGGUUCUUCACUCUCAGUGGUUAGCAGAAAAGGUACUGCAGCCCUGGAUAAGUCGAGAUGGUAUUAUUCUAUCAGCCCACUGUUCUUGUACAGUUGGACUUGGAGAGUCCUGCACUCAUGUGGCAGCCACUUUAUUUAUGCUGGAAGCCAACACCAGACUAAAAGAGAUUAUGCUUCAAUAUGAGGCGAGUGAAGUCACUGGAGAUCAAAUGCCUGACCAGGUCAAUGUAACUUUUAGCACAGAAACAAAAUCUCUAACCAAACUUAAUCUAAGACGCUCGCGGCAUUUUAACCUCGAUAUUCCUUUGUAUAGUUUGGACAUCGACCAGGAAGGAAUUUUCCAUAGGCAUAAAGUGAAAACCAGACCCAAAAAGGAUCUAGGUUUCUACCAAGAUAUUACAAACAAGGCUGUUUUUCGCAUCCAAAGGUCUUCAGAGAAAUCGGCGUACAAGAAAUCUAAAUUUAAUUUGAAAGGGGAAUUUCUUUUGAACACCUCCAAAUGUCUCUUCGACUCAGAGAAAAAGACCUUAAAAAAGCCUUGGAGAAAUAUGUCCCCCAAACCGAUGUCGAAUUCUAGAUGGACUGCAUCUCCUAGACCACUUUUCAAUACAACAUUCGACCAAUAUGUUUAUAAUUUAGAAAUACUGAAAACCACAACGUUUCAUAUGUUUGACCUCGUAAGAAUAGCUCCGCCAGAAGAAAAAACUGUGAGAAUGAAUGCCAUCAACAUUAGAGACAUGCAUAUGAAUAGCUCAGAUCGUAAAUCUAACCAGUCAAAACUGAGGUCAGUCCCACAAAGCAGACGUCGCCGGAACGCAGUGCAGGACUACUACCCACAAAGCAGACGUCGCCGGAACGCAGUGCAGGACUACUACCCACAAAGCAGACGUCGCCGGAACGCAGUGCAGGACUACUACCCACAAAGCAGACGUCGCCGGAACACAGUGCAGGACUACUAUGUGGAUGUGGUGGCGGUGAUUGACUACAAACGCUACUCCAAGUUCUUAGCACAAGCGAACUACAAUAACUUCACGGCAAUGCAGAAUAUUCUAGAGUACUAUGCUUUAGUAUUUAGUGGGGCCGAUAUGCUGUAUGAAGGCAUCAAACAUCCUGAGUACACGAUUCACAUUCUUCUGAGUAAAGUAUACGUUCUUCAGACGGUCGCUUCUUCAAGUUUUAUAGACAGGGGCGCUAGUUACGAUGAGAUGAAUGCGGACACGGCGCUACAUAAUCUACACGCAUUUAACAUAGGCUCUGGGAGUAGCAUCGUUGGCAUUUAUGAUCACGUGAUGUUAUUAACUGGUUAUAACCUCUUUACAGCGGAUGGUAACAAUAAUAAACAAGAUACCUUAGGGAUUGCUUUUGGUGAAACAAUGUGCCGAACAAACGGGAAGAGCUGUUCUGUGAUAGAAGAUCGCCAAGAGGAUCGCUAUUCUAUCUCUACUUCUCAAACGGUAGCACAUGAACUGGCACAUGGCCUCUCAGCACGUCACGACGGAGAAAACAAUCUCUGCAACGCUUCAGAGAGAUACAUUCUGGGUUCUUCUGAUGCGGAAAAAACGCCUGGGACAGAGUAUAAUCCAUGGCUGUUCUCUCCCUGCAGUGUCAGCUACAUUACCAGCUUUUUGAAGAAAAAAUUGAGCUCCAGUCGAGGUUACACCUGUCUUGUCUACGCUAUCGAAGCAUCAGCAGACAUUCCAGAUGUAUCUGAUAAACUAUUGGGUCAGGUGAUCAAACCUGAUCAACAGUGUCAACAGUUUUUUGGAAAUGAUUCCUUCUUUUGCAGGGCUUCCGAAUCUAGACGCUCUAUCACUGAAAUCUGCCAAGCAAUGUUAUGUGCAGAUGUUUUAAGAGGGUUAUGUAUCCCGCAGAUAGCACUCACUGGGACAUCUUGUGGCGAUGGAAAGGUCUGUAUAAAUGGACAUUGUGUCAGCGACCCAUACGCUCCUCAACUUGAUGAAAACUGUGCAUUUGGAGACAGACCGAGCAAUUCUUGCAGUUGGUAUAUCAAUGACUUUAUAGGCAAAUGUUACUCUACUCUUGACUAUCGAUCAUGUUGUGACACAUGUAACAAUGUGUCUAGGCCCGUGAAAGGGUGUGAAUACGGAGAUAGAAUCAUCGAUUGUACAAAAGAUCACUGCUUGAAUUCUCAAGUGGAUUGCUGCGGCACGUGUGACUAUGGCACCCCCUUUACCCCAACGUACAGCACCAGAAGAAGCACACCUAAAAGAUUAGCCACGACAGUAAAUCCCCUUGUGAUAUUCACUUCAAUUAAAGAUUGUAAACCAGGAGAUCAAGACUUGAGACCAGAACUGUGCACUAAUAUUUUCGUCUGCCUAAUACUGCCAACACAGUGCUGUCACUAUUGCUCAUUCUAUUAUUACACGUCUGCAACUACAAGUACCACCACAACGAGACCAUUGAUACCACCCACUUCACCCAAAACUAAAUGUGAACCGGGAGAUUUAGAUUUGAGACCAGAACAAUGUCUUAGCCCUAGUGUCUGCAAGACACAGCCAUUGAAGUGCUGUAACUAUUGCUCGCUUUAUUUAAAAAAUAAAUCAAUGACUACACCAACGAUACCAUUUACUACACCUACUUCACCAAAAGAAUGUGAACCAGGAGAUCUAGACUUGAGGCCAGAACUGUGCACUAACACCAGUGUCUGCCAGACAAAUUCAUCACUAUGCUGUCACUAUUGCUCGUUACAUUACAAGUCUGCAAAUACAAGUACCACACAAUUUACGUCCCCCAACGAGUGUGUACUAGGAGAACCAGAUUUAAGUCCACAGCUAUGUACUAGCCCAAGUAUCUGCCAGACACAACCAUUGAUGUGCUGUAAAUAUUGUUCUUCCCGUGACAAUUCUGCAAGCCAUCUCUCAUUAUACACUCUUUGGAUAGAUCUAUAUUAUUCUAUAUCGUUGUUUUUUGCAUUGCGUUCUAUUAUUAUAUGUCUAUUAGGUAGAUCUAGAUAAAGUACAAAUGUCUAUUAGGAAGACAAAUUACAAAUGUCUAUUAGGUAGCUAAAGUAGAAAUGACUAUUAGGUAGAUAAAGUACUUAGUAGCCCGAGUAGGUCUACUCCACUGAAAUCCCCUUGUUCGAUAUUUUACUAGAUUCUAGAUUAUAUAGAUAUAUACUACAAGUUAGUUUUAGUUUUUGUCCCCACAACGAUAUCAAUCAUAAUGAAGCAAUCAUUGGUGUACUGUGUAUGAAAUAAUUGUAGUUUUAUAGACCUCUAAUAAAACGUGGCUUUGAUAAUUGAGGUAAUUGAUAAUUUGCAUGCUUUUGGACGUCCUCUUCUAAUACUGGAUCUUAAGAUAAAUUGUGUUGCUAGUUUGUUUUUUUCAUUAAACGAUUUCAAGUUCUUUAUAUAAUGUGUUGCCUUUUCCAUUUAUACGUUAUUCUACAGUUACUACACUUGUAACGACUUGUUUGUUUUGUUUCUUUUAGUGUAAAUGAACUUUCCAAUUUAAUUUUUUAAAGCAUUGAUUCUGAUUUGCCUUUUAAUUUAUUUAUAAAUCUAUAAAGAAAACUUAACUAGACCCAACACCGGAUGGCUCUCUCUGCACUAGAUGUGGAAAAAUAUACAGGUUGUGACUGGGUUUGUGUAGUCAUGUGAAACACUGCAUUCAUUUAAAUCUUGGAAAUUGAAGGCAUUGACAUUCAUUGUAUAUCAUUUGUCUUCAGUGUAAUUAUUAUAGGAUUGUUUCCACAGAAUUUUAAAAUUUGUUAUGUUGUCUUCUUCAUCAUCAAUUAUACCUUAAUAAUGUUGAUUCAUCUAUAUUGUUUCUGUAAGCAAGUACUCUAUAAUUAAUGU